UUUUUAACAUUUUUAAAGGAUUUUUAUGGGCACGCACAAAAGGAAAGGAAAAGCAAAAGAAAAAGCACACAAAAAGCACACACAGACACAAAGCACGCACACACAUAAAGCCGCAAAUCCAUAACUUGCUUCAAAUUUUCCGAAUCUUCCCAAUUAAACGAUUCCCUAAUCAAAAUAAAGAAAUUGGUACCUAAAUUUAUAAGGGCCAGAAAAUUUUUCAGCAAGUUAUGGUUUUGGGCUUUUAUGUCCCCUCUCCCCCCCCCUUUUUUUGGUAAAUAGAAACUUAUUUUAAAAAAUAUUUUGUAUUAGAAAAAAUACUUUUAAAUGAUCCCCCACCAACCAAAUCAAGGUUUUAAAAGAGAAGCAAAUGCCCAACACCAACAAACAUUAUCUACUUUACAAAAAGUUGUUAGAUAUGCAGAAAAAGAUGAUUUUCUUCUUUAUUUGACUGCUGCUUUUGGUAUUAUAAUGCCUGGAAUUAUGUAUUUUUUCUAUCGUUAUGUACAUAAUCGAUAUAAAAAUGCUCGAAAAAAUAAGAAAAAAAGUAAAAAUGAAUUUAAUAGAAGUACAACAAUAUUUUAUUGUGGAGAUUGUCCAGAAACUAAAGAAAUAGCCUAUAAAUUAACAGAAAAUUUACAUUUUGAUCCUUUUGUUGCCAAAUUGAGUGCUUUAGAAUUAGAAAAAGUCAAAAAUUCCAAAUCUUUACAUAUUUAUAUUUUAAACAAAAAUGUUUUUAAUCAAAAUUCUUCUUCAAUUAUUACUCGAUUUUCUGAAUUUGUGGAUUGGUUGGAUGAAUUAAAAUAUGAAAAAAGGGAAAGAAGCUAUCUCCGACGUACACAUUUUUUAAUAAUUUAUAUUAAUGAUGAAAAAGAAGAAGAGGAGGAAAAUAAUUUUAAUAAGGAAUUAAUUGAUUCUUUUGAAAAUAAAUUAAUUUCUCUUGAAUCAAAACAAUUAAAUAAAACAUUAAUUAUUGAAGGAAAGCAACAAUUUACUCUUGAAUUUUUUAAUAAAUUAAAUGAUUUGUUGAAACAAUUUAAUUAUGGAGAAUUUGAUUUAUUAGAUGCUGAAACUGAUAUUUACACGGAAAGUGAAAGUGAAUGAAGAGGAGAGGAAAUGUCAAUAAACAUUUUUAUAAUGAAACGAUCUCGUAAUCAACAAAUUAAUAACAAUAAAUAAUCUACUUUGAAAUAUUUCUUAAAUAUCCAUUAAUUUGUGAUUCAAAAUUCAGUUUAAGUUUUUUUCUUCCAAAAUUUUUUGAUUUCUUCUUACAUUUAUUUUUUCCCAGCUAAUCAUUUUAAUAAUAAAAUAUACCUAAUCAGCAAACCAUUCAUUUUUAUUAGAAUAAAUAGAAAAUCCUUUUAUGGGAAUGUCUUGUAAAAUUAAAGUCAUUUAAGCCUCAUUUGUGAUUUAAAAUUCAGUUGGUCACUAGGUAGUUUACCACCAAAGGAUUUACACCUACAUAUAAGUGAGGUCCACCUUUCUAAUAAACAAAUAUAAAAAAAUUUGUUUAGAAAACUUCUCUCAAAAAAUUUUGUUUGUCGCUUAAGGACUAAAAUCCUAAAAUCAUCAAAAAACAAUACGUUCUGAUGCG